UUCCAGUGGGUGUGUGAGAGCUUAAAAUCCCGUGCGGUGCAUUCCUGGACUGUCAUAUUUAGUAGUCUCAAGCAAGUAGUGGGAGAGAGAACAGUUCCUCAAAAGUUUUUUUGGAGGGGAUCAGAAGCAGACUCUUCAACACCGAUCCUUAACAGAGAAAGAUGCCAGGUGAGAGGCUGACAGUCAGACGCAUAUCUGAUGUGGGGCGCUUUCCUGGUGCGGCCCCGCCCACCAGGGUGGAGUUGUCCAUUCACAAGGAAGGGGAAAAAACAACAGAGGACACGGCUUGCCGUCGCUGGUUUCGGAAAAUGUGUCCAUGCUGCUGUAAACGCCAGAAUAGCAAUACCUAUGAUGUCACGGAUAAAGUGGAACUGGUAAACCCUCCCACGCCUAUUCCAGACCUUGAUGGGCUAAAGCCAGAAAAUGGAGACUCAAAGGAAAUGGAAGUCGUGAAGUUGUCCGUGCGCUCUGUGGACUUGCUGAGCUCCAAGACGGGAACAAACAGACAGGAGCAUCACACUGACCUGUACCACACAGAAGAGCUGAUCAUCCGCAGAGGACAGACGUUCCAAAUCGAGCUAGAGCUCAACAGGCCCUUCAGCGUUGACACCGACAAGUUGCAUCUAGAUCUCAGAACAGGUCCACUACCACAGGUGUCCAAAGGGACCCAUGUUAUCAUCCCAUUGGUGGAUACCUUGGACAACAAACGGUGGGGGGCUAAGAUUGAAGAACAAAAAAACAACAAGGUUAAGUUGUCUGUCAAGUCUACAGCCAAUGCUGCCAUUGGUCUUUAUGGUCUGACGGUCACAACGAGCCCACUGAAAAAUGAAACUCCAAAUAUUUACACCUCCGGCAAGAACAUCAUCAUGCUCUUCAACCCUUGGUGUGCAGAGGACACAGUAUUCCUGGAUGAUGAAGAGGAGAGGAAGGAGUAUGUGUUGAAUGACACUGGAAGAAUUUAUUAUGGAACUGAGAAUCAAAUUGGAGCCCGCACAUGGAAUUUUGGUCAAUUUCAAGAGGGAAUCUUGGAAGCCUGUCUAUUCAUUCUGGAGAAGAGUGACAUGCCUCCAUCUGGCCGAGGGGAUCCUGUAAAUGUUGUCAGGGUCAUAUCAGCCAUGAUAAACGCCUUAGACGAUUACGGAGUUCUAAUUGGAAAAUGGUCCGGGAAUUACUCUGAUGGGGUGUCUCCAGCUGCAUGGAGCGGCAGUGUGGAGAUUCUGAGAAAAUACCACUCUUCCAAUGGAAUGCCGGUGUCAUAUGGGCAGUGUUGGGUCUUCUCUGGAGUCACAACAUCAGUUCUCCGUUGUCUCGGCAUACCUGCUCGCAGCGUGACCAACUUCCAGUCCGCUCAUGACACCGAUGUGUCCCUCACAACGGAUGUUUAUUUUGAUGAGCAUAUGGAGCCAAUUGACUACCUCAAUAGCGAUACCGUCUGGAAUUUCCACGUGUGGAAUGAUUGCUGGAUGGCCAGGCCAGACUUGCCCCACGGUCACGGGGGCUGGCAAGCUGUCGACUCCACCCCCCAGGAGACGAGCCAGGGUACCUUCCGCUGUGGCCCUGCCUCUGUCACCGCCAUCCGCUCUGGCCAAGUCUACCUCAAACAUGACACACCGUUUGUUUUUGCAGAGGUCAACAGUGACAAGAUCUACUGGCAAAGGAAUCCCGAUGGUACAUUCAGCCAGAUCCACAGUGAGAAGAAGGCCGUUGGCCACUCUAUCAGCACGAAAGCAGUUGGCUCCGACCAGCGCGCUGACAUCACUCAUUUGUACAAACAUCAAGAAGGUUCAGAGGAGGAGCGUAUCGCCGUAGAGACUGCCUGUCGCUUUGGCAGCAAGCCGGAUGUCUACUCCACGCCUAUGGCAGAGGACGUCCGUAUGGAAGUGAGGAUGGAGGGAGAGGGGCCCAGAAUGGGGGCAGACGCUCGGCUCAGCAUCGUGGUGAAGAACCUGAGCUCUGAGCCCCGUAGAACUACGCUGCACUGUCAGGUGGCCGUCAUGUACUACACCGGUGUGGUGAAGGGCACCAUCAAGAAGGAGCAGUUGCCAGUGGAGCUUUUGCCCAAUGAAGAACACACCAUCGAGUGGGUUUUGCCUUAUCAACAAUACCAGAACCAACUGGUGGAUCAGGCAGCACUGAUGCUGACAUUGUCCGGAAGAGUCAACGAGACCAAGCAAGUGUUAGCCAACCAGACGUGCUUCAGACUCCUGACACCUGAUCUCAACAUCACGCCUUUGGGAGAAGCUGUGGUGGGUAAGGAAAUGGCAGCCAAGAUCACGUUCACGAACCCGCUGCCAAGGAUGCUGAAUGGCGUGCUCUUCAGAGUGGAAGGACUCGGGCUGCAGAAAGGCCACGAAGUGUUUGUGGGUGACGUGAGCGGUCACUCCACCGUGACGCUGACAGAACACUUUAUCCCGACCCAACCCGGGCCCAGGAAACUGGUGGCCUCUCUCGACUGCAAACAGCUGACGCAAGUGCACGGAGUGGCCGACAUCCUUGUUCUGGAGCAAUGAGGGGCGGCUAGCUGCAUCGCCUCAUGUCACAUUCUUCACUGACGCCUGUAAAAUAUGAAGUCAAUAUGAAGUAUUCUGUUCAUGUAAAUGGUCAUUUGCACUUUGUGCAGCUGCAAAAAAAAACAUGAGUAGGAAAUGAUAAUAUUUUUGCUUCAAACACACCGCACAGUGUUCGUGUUAAUAAAAACACCUAGCACUUUUUUUUUGUUUAAAAAAAAAUGUUUACGAUGACGGUCAAAACCAUUUAUUCGCACUGAAAAAGCAUAACUGAACAAACGUUUUUAAUUCCCUUUUCUACUGUGUGUUUGUAACUCGCAUAAGCAUGUGAAACGUGUUCCCAGACAAAGUGAACCUCAUAAGGACACCAAGAGAGCACAGAAGGUUUGGAUGCACUGUAAUUUAAAGGCCUCAGUGGCAAUUUAUUCUGCUUUAUUUCAUAAAAGACACGCUUCUCCUGUUUGUGAAAGAAUAUUGCUGAAAAGGGAAAAAUGCAGAAGCCUCAUUCACGUCGCCUCCUGCAUUACCAUAGAGGACUAUAAUUAUUUGUUUUGAUUCUUUUACAAUAGUAUUGAUGUUCAUGUGUACACUAACGAUGACGUAAGCACACUACUGUAUCAUGUUAUCCUUGUGAAAAUGGAAAACACUGACCCCUAUGGAGAUGACGCCUUUUGCUUUUACAGUCUACUCAACCUCACCGAACUGACGAUAAAAUGUGAAGGAACCUGUUUCACUACCAUUUUACUGUUUAUUUUUUGUAUGGCCUAAGAUGAUGAUAAAACUGGACACUAAAAGGUUGAAUUGAGUUCUUUUCACUCGCCAUCGGGCAAGCCGGUAAUUGUUGUCGAGGUGAGAAGGGAUAACACAAAUGACAUGAGUGAGAAACAAGGUAACGAUAACUUCUUCCGUCAUGUCCGUCUUGAUUGCGCUCCGACGCCAGCUGGAGUGAAGGGCGUUUCCCUCCAGCCAGGUGCACCUGAACCUCGUUACCACAUCGAGCUUGCUUGGGUAUUGAAGGAUUCCGAGGAUUCCUUGUCGGGAUUGUUGACCUUGCUCCCUGGACAUCCGUCUUCAAAUCGAAGACGUGGGGGAAACCAAGAAACACAGCUGCCAUCUAGCGGUAGAGUUGAAAUCGCACAAUUUUUAGGAGCGAGCCUGGUAUAAAAUCAAAAAGUAAUUCCUUACGGGUAGAAAGGACUAAAUGAUUUUAGACUGGUACUACAUGACAAAAAAAUGCAUACAACCAAUUACGCUUUGUACAAGAUGAUGAAAUGAUUUACAAACAAAAUUGCUGAAUCUAAAUUUGGAUUAUCCGUGGAUUAUGCAUAAUUCUGUUUAAACUUUUUUUUUUCAUAAACAUUCUUCGCACGGAGGGAAAAAAAGGUUUAUUUUCAAAGUACAAAAUUCGUCCACAAGCUAAAUCUGAAUUUUACAGAGGCAAUCAUCAAAAGAAAAACGCUAAAUAUGAAUAGAUACUUUAUCUGGCCAAAACGCUAAAUAUUACAGUAAUAAUCGCCACCUGCCCUCCCCAAGUCAUAUAUGCUUAAAUCUUGCAAAUGAAAAACAACAAAUUGCCUGCCUUUUCAUUCCCGCCAAAAAUAGAGUUCAAUACUGCGGAUGCCUGAAGAGGUUAAAAAGACAUGAACUGCUCAAUAAAGAAAAUAGUUUUUAUUAAAUAAAUGAAACUUAUUAAUAUGACAUGAGGACGAAACAUCAUUCCUACUCAUGGAAGACUAUCCGAAGAUACACUGCACUUUCAGAAACCUUCGGGAACUUGGCUUUAUGCAGACAGUACGUAGUGGACAUAUACAGUUUUACUACCCACAAACUCGAUUCAGUUAACCGAGUCGCAUAGAUUUUCGACCACUCUGUUGAACUUCUCCGGUUGGUCGGCAUACACGUGGUGAGAGGCAUCAUUUAUCAGCUGCAGAGGAAAACAAAUUUCAAGAUGACUGAUAUGUAAACGGAAAUAAAGAUGAGCAUCAGGGAGCAAUACGGCUUUACCCGAUAAAUAGUUUUUGAAGCGUGAAUUACAUAAGAGCGAGAGUCAUUUCAAGCAGGGCAGCCAUUUUACGAUUUGAUAAUUCGAUAACUGCCUCGGAACUGAGACUGCUGCACUCACCAGCACUUUGGUGCGAGCGGGGCCCCGAACUUGAACCACUUUGUCCCCAGAGGAACUAUCAACCCACGACUGCGCUCCGUAAAGAAUGGUGAGCGGCAUGGAGCUGGGUAACAAAUGGAUGCGCUGCAGCAUAGGUCUCUUGGCCCAACCCAAAGACUCAGACAGGGCCCGGAAACCCACCUCGCCACUGGGAACGGAGAAGGAAAACAAAAUGGAUAUUAUGGACCGUAGAUGAUGACAUCGUGAAACUCUGUGCAAUUGUACAUUGAGGAACAAUGUCCUGUAAACUGUUUGGCUAUUUUCUCACGCAGUUGUUUACAAAGAGGUGAACGUCAGCCCAGCUCAGCUUGAGAAUGACUGAACAAUUCAGGUAAGCUCCUUUUAAUAGCCAAUGAUGGCGCCCAGUGAGCCAGUUUACCCGUGUGAUGUUGUGAACGGGUGUUUGAUGCCACCUGUCCCAUCUUUUUUUUGGUGAAAAAUCCAAGUUAAUGAUUAUUUGCUAAAAAACAAAGUUCAUCAGUCUGUGUGGUGUACUCAAAUCAUGACAUUCUGUUUUUAUUCAUGUUGAACGCAACGUCCCAACUUCACUCGUCUCGUUGUCGUGUAACUGUGCCUUGACAUACCUCGGGGGCUGCGCGUUACAGUGGUAGAUGUACUGCGUCAUGGUGUCGUCAUCAAACAAGUCUUCAAAUUUUCUUUUGAAAUCCGGACGAAAUCGGUUCACCAAACCCGGACCUGAAGAAAGGACACACUGUGAAGUAAGAGGAUGGGUUACAUCAGGGGUGUCAAGCUCAUUUUUUGUCGCGGGCCACAUUGUAGUUACGGUUUUCCCUUGGAGGGCCGUUAUGAAUUUGGGGAAACCAUAUACAUGUUUAAUCUCCUCCACAUAUUACAUACACAGCACACACCAAAUUGAUGGAUAACUAGUUUCAAAAUCGGAAGUCAAGAAUAAUGACUGUUAUUGUGGAUUACAUAUGACAAUUUUAAAUUUUUAGUUCAGACUUUAACAUGCAUCAUCGAACUUGAUAUGCUUGACUUGCUUUCACGGGCCACAUAAAAUGAUGUGGCGGGCCAGAUCUGGCCCCCAGGCCUUGACUUUGACACCUGUAGGUUACAUGCUGCAAAGAAGGCCCGUGCACAGAUAGUAGGUCUCACCCCAGGGGCCCGCGGCUCGGAUGACAGCCAGAGGAUUGAAGAGGGAGACGACGGAAACGAUGGCUUUCACCCAGCGAGGUGGAGACGGCCUCUUGACCAACUCUGUGGUCUGACCUUGGUUCUCCUGGUCUUGGAUCUGUGGUCUUUCGGGGAAACCCCAGGGAUCGACCAGGAUGAGAUGCGACACUCUGGAAGAGAGCACAAGAAUGAACACGAUUGCAUAAUCUAUUGCUGCAGUAUUU